UUUUUUUUUUUCUUCCUUGGCCGCUUUCGGUCUUUGGUCGAUGCAAAAAAAUGUAUACAUGUCGUUUUGGUUCGGAAAAAACGACAAAAAAACAAAAACGAAAUUGCGAACGACGACCACGACCACGACCAAUCAUCAGCCGCGCCGCUGCGGCGGGCGGCGGCAAGGACAGCAGCAAUGGCGGGGGCGGCGACCCCAACAAGCGUCACCGCGCCGACCCUAACGCCAAGCUUGACGGCACGGCCGCCGCGGCCGCCGGCGGCGACAAGAACUCGAGGGGCCGCAGGGGCGGCGUUCGCCAGAGGGAGCGCGAGGAGCGGAAGCGCGAGCGCGCGGACAGCAGGGACAGCCGCGAGCCCCCCGCCGGCGGGCGCAACCCCAAGCAGCGCGGCAAGGAAGGAAGGGUUGCGGGGGGCAGUGGAAAGGACUCCUUCGCCGGCGGUGCGGGGGGACCCCCGUUCCGGGACCUCGAGAACUGGGACCCCGAGAAUGCGUUGAUCAGGUCCAUGUUUUUGACGGACGAUCUCGACAAGCAUGCAAUCACCGUGGUCCUCCUCAUCCCCAACGAGAAGCGGGUGGUCGGAAUUGUCGUGGGUCGCCACGGACUUCGUCUGAAGACGAUCCUCAGUACCUCCAAGUGCACCAUCACAGUCGAGAACGACAAGUUUUGCGACAAGGAAUCGGGUGUGCGCAAGGUGGUGCUGCGGGGCUCAAUCCGCAACGUGGUGAUGGCCCAGCAGCUCAUCAUGGACCUCGUGUGGGAGGAGAUGGAGACGGCGAUCGGCGUUAUGCAGUUCAUGAUCCCCGAUGAGGCGUCGUCCCGUGUCAUCGGGCGCCAGGGGACUUUCAUCAAGCAGCUUCAGCGCGAGAGCGGGUGCAAAAUCAACACCCUGAACGACACGGAGCUCCGCUCGGGCCUCAAGGCCCGGGUGAUGAACGUGUGCGGCACGAACAGCUCCAUGAGUAAGGGCCUCUACCUCAUCGCCCGCAAGAUCGCGUCGCGCUGGGAGUACGCCCCGGAGUGGGAGGGCGGCGACCCCACCCUCCCGUCCGGCCAAGGGCUUCCCUCGGCCCCGACGGCAGCGCACUCCUUGCCUCCACCGGACUCCUCCAGCAUGGACGCCGACUCUGGCAGGGACAGCGGCGGCCGGCGCCAGCGGGGACAGCGCAGUCGCGGCGGGCGCGACCGCGGGGACGACAUUGACCGGUACGACAGAGACGGUGGCCGCAACGGUCGCAGCGGUGAGUCUGACCGCCGCGGCGGCGGCGGGAGCGACCGCGGCGGUGGCGGGAGCGACCGCGGCGGUGGCAGGUACGGCAGGGGUGGGCGCGAUUCUCACGACAGCGGCGGCGGGCGCGACGGAUCCUCCAAGUCUUCCCGCAGCGCAGCUCCCCCGCUACAGACUACCUCGGCGCCGUGGAUCACGGACCAGCCGAGCGCCGCUGCCCCCCCGGCGCCCGUGCCGGCGCCGGCCCCGGUGGGGUCGAGCGCGGCGGCGGUGGCUGCGGCCGCUUCGGCGGAGGCGUGGCAGCGUCUCCUGGGCCAGAUCCCGGCCACAGCCAGGGAGAGCCUGGGGUUCGGCGCGAUGCCGGUGCCGGCGACGGCGGCGGCGGCCGCCGACAUGUUCGGCCAGUUGUCGGGAAGGGCGGCGAUGGCUUCGGCCGCGCCGCCGCAGCAGCUGCACCAAGCUCCACAGCAGGUAUCAUGGCAGCCGCCUCCCCUCCAGCAGGCUCCGCAGAUGUCUCAGCCGAGCCCCGCCCCCGCGGCGGGUAACCCGGCCAUCUUCCUCCCUCCUACCUCCCUCGCCCCGUCGCAGCCUCAGCAGUACGUACAGAUGCAAGCUGCGACCGCGGCCGCGAGCCAGGACCAGACUCAAUCGGGGUCGCAGGUGCUCUACCAGCCCACUGUAUCGGCGCUCCAGUCUGCUCAGCCCCAACAGCAGCAGGCGCUGUACACAACGACCUCGCAGCAGCCGCAGCAGCAGCCACAGCAGCAACCCGCGGCGAUGCCGACCCACUCCCCGCAGCAGCAGGCCCCGGUGGGGGUUCCCCAGCAGCCGCCGCAUGGGUAUCAGUCCACCCAGCAGCCGCAGCAGCUGCAGCAGACGACGGUGUUCUCCACAACCCCCCCCACUGGGCUGUCCACGGGCCAGGUAGUCUCGAUGGCGCCACCGCCGGCCCAGCAGGUGAUGAUCCCUGGCCAACAGCCGCAGCAGCAGCAGCAGCAGCAGCAGCAACAGCAGACGGUCUACCGGCCUCCCACCCAGGGACAGCAGCCGCCGCAGCAGCAGCAGCAGCAGCAGCAGGCCGCUCCUCCUCAGGGGGGCAAUGUGCAGGCUUCCUCCCCGCAGCACAAGCCCAUGCAGCAAGGCUACCAGCAGCAGCAGCAGCAGCAGCAGCAGCAGCAGCAGCAACCGCCGCAGUCCUCGCCCUCCCUGACGAGCUCUUCCCCGCCCCAGAGCGUGCCGCCCUCCGGCUCCCAGCAGCAGCCGCCGCCGCACAUCCCGCAGUACCUGCAGCAGCCACAGCAGCAGCAGCAGCAGCAGGCUCCGCCGACGGUGGACUACUCCCGCCCUCCUCCCCAGCAGCAGCAAGACCAGCCCCGCACCGCCGCGUCCGCGUCCGCGUCCGGGGGCACCGCGGGUUCAUCGGACCCUUCCAUGGAAGUACGCAUCCCGGAGGCCUCGGUGGGGUACGUCUUUGGCAAGGGGGGCAACACCAUCGCCGACGUCAAGUCCAAGGCUGGCGUCAACAUCAGCACUGAUAGCACCGUGGACGGGACGAACUCGCGGCUGCUGCACGUGACCGGCAAGAUGUCUGCCAUCCAGCACGCCAUCACCCUCCUCAACGAUCUCGUAGUCAAGUGGCAAUCUCUCCCCCCGAAGCGGAACAACGCCACCAACAAGCAGAUCGGAGGCGGUGGAGGUGGCUUCCGCGGGGGGUCCCGUGGGGGGGACAGGAACGGUGGGGGGGGAGGGGGCACGGGCGGGGGGCGCUACUAGUAGGGUGCGGUGCUUGACUGGUUUGAAUGGUCGUUUUCCGUUGAUCUGUUGAUUGCUGUGUACGAGGAGGGAAAAAAAGGCGACAUGUUUAGGUCCGGAAGGGAUCAGAUGGAAUGGAUCGCUUGUUGUCCACAGUGCAGAAGGAGAGGGUUUCGCUAAGACGUGUUUCACGACGCGCGAAUCCCGCCUGUCCUUGCCUGUUCCGCGAUGCUAGUGUGCGGUGAGAGCGAAGCGAUGCUAGUGAUCUAGCGCAGAAGUGGAUUGAGUUGACGAAUGACCCGGUUGCGGUGGUCGCUCUUGUAGCGGAGCGGACGCACGGUCUCGUAGAUCCUCGUAGAUGCUCGCUCACUAGCUGUCACCAACGAGAGGAAAAUCUGCCUCGGAAACCGUGCUGAGUUUUCUAUGUGGAUGUGGCGUUUUUGGAGGUGGAUGGAGCGGGGAGGGGUUGGCAGACUCUUUUUUCCUUUUUUGGCUGUACCGUUAUUUUUUGCUAUCUUGAGUGCAAAAGGGAGGGGGUCGGGAGAUUCCAAUCAAAGGGAGGGAAUCGACGGAAGCAAGUCGCGGGGGCACAUGGGGUAGAUAUACGUUGGGCGUGGCCGAUCGUUGGGAGAGGUUUGAAAGGCGUUUGUUCAGGUAUGCGUACCGGUAUCGUGCGCUCCAUCUGUCUGGGGAGAAAUUUGUUUGAAUAUCUCCGUUCUACCAGCCUGUGUGUUUUCAGGCGUUGCGAAACAACUGUGUUUGCGGUGGGGAGUGCGGCCCCGUGAAUGCCCGUGGGGUACUAUGCAUACUACGGUGCGAGUCGAAAUUCCCACAUAUUUUGUGAAUGAGCUCGCAGUUUGUUGAGCAUCGUUGGGGGCAAAAAGGUGCACGAACGCACAGUCUGUUGCGGUUGCAGGGGCAUAAUAGCAGUGGCAUCAAGAACAAGUGUGUGUGGGAUUGCUUGCCCCUGCAGCAGGCGUUUCAGUAGUCACGAGGCGGAUUCGCGUGCGUACUGUUCCCCAGGAAGCAUCGAUGGAUCUUUGCGCGGUAAAGAAUUGGGGCUUGACAAGAUGAAAGGAAGUGGGGCCACGGGUACAGUUUUAAUGCUCCCUGCCGGUGGGGAGUGCAGUGGUACCGGGCGUUUCCGUUUUCGCUUGGAAUCGAAAAAAAGCGAGGAAAAUGUGGUGAACAAUAUUCUAGCGUGACGAAAACCAGACUAGGACUUCACGAGAUAUGGGUACGGCCAUAUGCCGUGUUGACUUGGAUUUGGAGGUUGAUCGUGUGGGGUACUAAUGGAAAAUUAUGAGCGUUGUUUUUUUGUUUUGAGCCGAGUUGCAUCUGGAGGGCAAUUACCUCUUGUUUUUCUAAGGUGUAACAGUUGCGAGGCAAGCACGUAAUCUUGGUGGCUUUCAACCACCGAGGAUCUGAAAGGAAGAAUGAAUACAGGAAUUAAGGAUUACCCAAGCGGUCGGGAUAGAGCAUGAGAGGGAUGAGGACAUGGAGGGGGGCGGACGCUUGACUAGCUCACUUUCUUCUGUCUUUCGGCAGGAGAGGGUAGAAUGGAACGAUUGGAUAGAGGAAAAUAGGACUUCAAUGGGAAUAUGAAGAUUACCGACGUUGUUUGCCGCUAGUCGACUAUAGCGGUUGGCGCGAGUCAAGCGAGCCGCGGUCGAUUGGGUGGUGGUGCUACGUGCUGCGGGAACAGGGACUUCUCCUUUGCAAGCGUGUUUGAAGAUAUCGUCUCCUCGAUGCGGAUAU